GUCGUUUACGUGGUUACUAGGCAGCAGCGCGCUAACGGAGUUCAUUAGGAGAAAAAUACGAUGCUCUGACAAUAAUAAUACAUUUAAGCACAAGCCAAACGUACAAAAUAAUUUAUACGCAGUUUUCUAGUUUCCAAUUUUAUGACCGGAUUUUUCUCAUCUUUAAUACUUAACUGCCGUCCGCAACCCUGGAUUCUUCAAGCGACUUUCAAGAAAAACUGCGGAAGAAACGACGGGCUUUACGAGAAACGUUGGUUAAAAACAAGCCAGAGGAUGACGUUCAGGCUCUGGUUCCCUCUGCCAAGUUGAAUGUGAAGAAGCAACAAACUACAAUGCAGCAAGAAGUUGAAGGCAGUGAUGGAGACCCAGGAGAAACUCUCAAAAGGGCAUUAAGGGCUCAAAGACAGAGGCGAAAAAAGAAGCUGCUCAAGCAGUCUUUAGUUAUGGAUACACAUGACGAUGAAGAUGCAGAGGAGGUUUCCACUAUUCAGGACUACAGUGCAACAUCAGCAGAUAAGACGGAUAUUUUAGUGGUUUCAGCAAAACCUCCAACUGGUUCUCGCAUAGGUUUAAGAACUCAGCCUUUCUCCAGCUCAAAGUACUUAGACACCUUGCAAGAGAAGCUGAGAGCAGCAAGGUCUAAAGUAGAGAAACUUCAGCAGCAGGAGGCUUCUGUACGGCCAGCCAGUCGACUCCAAAGGCUCAGAGACAGAGACUCUGUAACAAGGUUUGGCAGAGAGCAGGUUGAUCCAGUCAGUGCAGAGAGAGAUGAGGACCUUUCAGCUCUUCGUAGCAGGGUCAAGUUCCAGGAGGCUGCCCGAAGAGUAGAAGAAGACCUCCCAUCUGCUGAGGAGGCCUACAAUUUCUUUACAUUCAACUUUGAGUUUGAUCAUCCGAACAAGUCAGAAAAACUUGGUAGAAAAAGACAGAAACAGAGAGAAACCACCGAGGAGGACAGAGGGGAAGCUGAGGUGGAGGGAGAUGCUGAAGGAGAAGAUAAUCAAGAUGAUAAUGUCAUCCAGAGGGAAGAUGCUCCCCUGGUUAGAAAUGGAGAGGAUUUAUUUGUCAUUGAUCAAUCGCUCCAAGACUUCCUGGUAACAAAGAGGACAGAGUAUGUUGGCUAUCAAAAACGUCUUCAACGAGACAGGGAGCUUUUAUUCACACCAAGCUUUCGAACAGUUCCUACCUCUGUUAAGCUGCCUGAAAACACGAAGCCUCGCUUUUUGGAAGAUGAGGGUCUCUAUGUAGGGGAGAGACCCCACGUUUCUCUGACCAAUGAGAACAUCAUGGAAAAUCGCUUUUUGAGAGCAGAGGAGGGAAAGAAGUGGUUUGGAGAUGAUGGUAAGAUCAUGGCUCUGCCUGACCCCAUUAAAGAGUCAUCCACGAGACCCCCUUUGUUUCACAUGGAAGGAGACCUGGAUCCUGCUCUGCAGACUGUGUACAGAAAGGCGCUGAUGUCCAAGUAUGCAGACCCUGAGGGAGACUACCAGCUUGAUGUUGAUAUCUCUGGGCUGAUUUUUUCCCAUCAUCCUCUGUUCAGCCGUGAACAUGUUCUGGCAGCUCGUCUGGCUCUGCUGUAUGAUCAGUACCUCAUCAGGCAGCACAAUAAUCUCACAGGACACCUUUCUGAAAAGCUUAACGGUUUAAGGAAUGCUUUGAGGAACAUGAUGACUGCCCACAGCGAGCAGGGUGUUGUUCAGGCCUUACAUCAGAGGGUUUCAGAGUACAGUUUUGAAGUGAGGAACACUCGGCAGCUGCGAGAUGAAGAGCAGGAGAAAGACAGGACUCUCCUGAAGAACAUGAUUAAAGUUUGGAAGGAGAUUAAGGCCCUGAGAGAGUUUCAGAAGUUUACCAACACACACUAUAAACUCUAUCUCAGAAGAGAGAAUGUGGAUCGGGCAUCAGAUGAGCGUAAGUAUGAAGAGGAAAUCUUGACAGAAGUUUUGGAAUUGGAGGCAGAGAGUGAAGGGGAAUACCAGAAGAAGCUGGCAGAGUACCAUAAGCAGCUGGAUGAGUGGAAGCUCUGGAGAAAGAAACAGAAAGCCAUAAAGAAAAAGAAGAAGAAGAGGAAAAAAGGUCUGGCACAGGAUGACACAGAAGAAGAUGAUCAAGACAUGAAAGGAAGUGAAUCUGAAGGGCCCUUUGAGGAAGGUCCCCUGAAGCCAGAGCCUCCGGAGAAGCCGGACCUUGGUUCCAUAGAGCAGCAGGUGAGAGAAAAAGCCUCAAGGAUACGCAGAAAGGCCGGAGAGGCCAUCCUAAACCCAGAGCUGUCUACAUCAGGAAGCAUCACUGCCACUGAACUCUGCCCCAGGGCUGAAAUAGCUCGAAGAGAAGAUGUUUUGAGGCGUUCACUUUUCAUCAAGAUCCUGUACAAUGACAAGGAAGUUUCCAGAACAGGCAGCUGUUUCCUGAAUGCUGACUUCAGGGUGCACUUUGGACAGAUUUUCAAUCUCAAGAUCCUUAACUGUCCCCAAAGCAUUAUUCUGCAGGUGUUUGAGGAGACUGGGUCCUCCUGCUCUCUCCUGGCUCAGGUCUUUGGGCCAGUACCAGAUCCUUCGGUUGUUACAGGCAGUGCCCCUAUUGAGAAGUUUGAGUUUAGCAGCAACCAAAGAGUAAUGUUUGACCAUGAGGGAGUUGGAAGUGAUGUGCCCAUCUCAUUUGAGCCUGAUGGGAGCAACAAAGUGAUCCUGCUGACCUCUGGGCAGCUAUGGUGCUGCGUGUCCUGGGGGGUCGGAGAAGCCAACACACCACUUGCACCUCCUGCUUCCCAACAGCCUGGUGGUGUACGCAGGUGUUUGGGCCAUCUUGAUGCUGUCACAUGUAUUGGGGCGUCUGGGCUAUAUGACAUGAAAAAAAUCAACGAGUGGGCCACACAAUCACGACUGGACCCCAAUGAUCCAAAAAACGCCUCCAUCAUGCAGCUGCUACAAGUGGCCAGCAGUGGAGAGGUAACAGCUCCAGAGUACUUUCGCCUGGAACAUUUGCAGGAAGAGUUUAAUUUUGUGACCAAGGAAGAGAUGGAAAAAUCUAAAAGAUUUUGCCUGCUCACGCUGAGGAACCAAGAAGUUUCAGAGUUUCGCAAUUACAAAUUUGUGCCUGCUUUCGAGAGUGAGAUCUCUGAUAAGGUGUUACAGGAAUAUGAAAAAAGAAUCAAAGAAGCAGAGAUAAUUGACACCAAAGAGCAUUUGGAUCCACACAGAGCUUUGGUGACCAAAUACCUUCAAAAAAAACAAGAAUCCGUCAUCAACAGACACAUUCUUGCUAAACAUCACUACCAACUAUCUGAGUUGGUGGUUGAAGAGGAAAUACCGCACAUCGGGAUUCUGGGAAUCAACCUGUUUAAGUUAACUGAACCCAAACGACCGCUAAAACCACAGAGAAAUGAAAGAAAGAAGGUGACAACUCAGAAUCUGUCUGAUGGAGACAUCAAGCUGCUCAUUAAUGUCAUCCGGGCUCAUGACAUCCCAAUCCGCAAACCUCAGAGCAAUAAACCACCAGGACAGUUUUCUCAGAGCGCCACCCAGGGCAGUGAUUGGUGCCUCAGUCAGGUACAAGUCAGGCCAUUUGUAGAAGUUUCCUUUCAGCGCACAGUGCUUCAAACAACCACAGCUGAUGGACCGAACCCAAGCUGGAAUGAGGAGCUGCAACUGCCAUUCAGUGCACCAAAUGGUGACUACAGCACCACCAGCCUGCAGUCUGUCAAAGAUGAAGUGUUCAUCAACAUAUUUGAUGAAGUGGUUUAUGAAAUUGGAACAAACACCAAAGAGCGAGGGUCAUCUAUUCACAUGCAAAUAGAGAAGCACUGGUUAGGCUCAGUCAAGAUUCCUUUUAGCACAAUUUUCUCUCAGUCCAAGAUUGAUGGAGCUUUCAAAGUGAAUACUCCAGCCGUGCUGUUGGGGUACAGCAAGGAGCUAGGCAGUUACAGUGUUUAUGAUAAUUUCCGGAAACCCAGUGAGGGAACAUUUAUCAGACUCUUCAUCACUGUUGAACCUCAGCUUGUGCCUGGAGAGUCGAUUAGAGAGAAGUUUGAGAGUCAAGAGGAUGAGCAAUUACUGCAGGCCUCAGAGGCAUUUGAGAGGGAUGCAGCUCAAGGCUACCCAGAUCGGCCCUGCAUCACCACAGUCAUAGACCUCAAUGGGAAGACGGUUUUCAUCACUCGCUUUAUCCGUCCACUCAAGCCCCCACAGGAGUUCCUUGAUGCAUUUCCUAAUAACCACCAGGAAGCCACGACACUGGUUGCUCGAUUCGUCUCCCUCAUCCCAUCUCUGCCAGACCAGGUUUCAUUCUCUGGGACCUGUGAUUUGUGGAGCACCUGCGACCAAUUCCUUACUCUGCUAGCAGGAGAUGAGGAAGAACAUGCUGUGCUGUUGUGCAACUACUUUCUAUAUUUGGGCAAGAAAGCCUGGCUUAUUAUUGGUACAGCCAUACCAGAGGGACCCACGGCAUAUGUUCUAACCCAUGAACCAAGUGGCUACUUUAUUUGGAACCCCACCUGCGGCCAGUGUUAUGAGAGGGAUGACCCCUUCUGCCCCCUCCAAACAGUGGGCUGCUUGGUUAAUUCUGAUAAUGUUUGGUUCAACGUUCAGCAAAAAACGUCACCGCUAAACAUCAGUUUAGACAUCACAAAAAGCAAUCUGUGGAAACCAUUUUUUUCCCGCUUCUCCCAUCCAGGGCUGUUUAGCGUGCAGCCCGAGGAGCUGGUGUACCGUCAUGCAGACAAAGCAGCUGCUGUGGAACUUCAGGACAGAAUCGAGAAGAUUCUGAAGGAAAAGAUCAUGAACUGGCGCCCUCGUAACCCAACUCGCUGGAAUCGAUACUGCAACACCAUUUUAAAACAAUUCCUGCCCAAACUGGAACUGAGCAGAGGGCAGGAAGUGACCGAGGGCCAUCGCCACGAGCUGCAGAGCCUGCUGGGAGAUUACAGGAUUGUGGGAUUCCCUUUGCAUAUGGCAUUCUCAGAGAUUCAGCCCAUCGUAGAGGUGGUGUACAGCACCGGAGUUCACAGCAUUCAGUCAUCUAAUGUUGAAUUUGCUCUGGCUGUAUAUGUUCAUCCUUACCCCAACAACGUGCUGUCUGUCUGGGUGUACCUGGCCUCACUCACUAACAUGUAAGGCAGCCCAGCUUAUAACGUCACUACUGCCCAUCAACUUCUUUCACAAUUUUUUUUGAAAAUUUUACUUUUCAUAAACAAAAAAUAAUUGCAUCUAUACAGCAAAGUUUUAUCGUGCGACAUAUCACUAGUCAGUACUUAUGACACCUGCUUUGUUAAAUUAAUGUAAAUGUC